CACCCCCCCUACCCCCCAAUUCCACUCAGGCCACCCUGCCUGACUUUAUUGUAGCCAAUCCCACCACUUCCUCAUCGCUUUUGGCACAUUUAGGGCCCCCUACUGGGGUCUCUGCCCCUAUUGCGCAUAUGGGGGAACGCCCCAAUUCCAGAAGGUGCUCAUCUGAUGUAUCCGACCGCCGUUACCGGCGCAGGUCGGCAGCUUGUCAUCCACGUUGUUCCCGUCAUCGUUCACGGUCUGCGCGGCGGUCCCACAGAAGUGCCCGCUCCAGAUCGUCUCGUUGGCGGUCACCUUCAUCAUCGGAGGUCAGCUCCUGCAGCGAUAUCGCUGGCAGGUCUCAUUCACGACGCAGAAGGGGUGCCCAUGCAUCAGCUGCACGGUCUUCUCGCGGGGCCAGCCGGGCCAGCGCGGUUCAGGAUCCGAAUCCUCCAAUCGCUCCAGUCGAACCUCCAGGUCCUUCUACUACUGGAGUUCCGGACCCUAGUGCCAGCAGCUUCACCGGAGGGCUCCAUGUGCCCGGCCCAUCUCUGGGACAUCCCGCUGAGCGAGUGACUCCUUUCAUCAGAGCCUCAGUGGCUCCUAGUCCCUGGACGGGUUAUGCGAAAUUUUGGCAAAGUAUUAAUCGCAAAAGCACAUGCGCUAGGAAGGCGUGGCCUACAGCAACUGGUUUGCACCGACUAGCAAUUAGAUGGAUGCGAUGGUUGAAACGAAGUUCAGACGAAGAUGUUCUGGUGACUCAGAUGUUGGAGUGGGGAUAUGACCGCACCCGGUCCCACGCCAAGAAGCAGCGAAUUGUGUGGGAGCUGGCCUAUGAGAUCUGGCUCCAAACGGGUGUAAAACACCGCCGUCUGGCCAUUAUAAAAAAAUGGUCAGACAUGAAGAGAAGACGGCCCCGGUUUAUAAAAAGAAUCUGGGACAAAAAAUGCCCAGAAGUUCCUAUUCCCUCCAUUUGGAGAAGACCAUCGGCGGAGGCCGUGAAGGUGGUGGAGGUUGAGGAGGAAGAGGAGGAGGAGGCCGGACCCUCCCAGCCUAUUGAGCCACCCACACCAGCUGUGGGAGAAGUUAAAGUGGUGGAGGUGGAAAGUGCUGGACCCUCCAGCACCACCCCAUCUCAGGACUCGGAGGAAGAGGAGGCGAUCACCAGCCCCUGCCAGGAGGGUAAAAUGUGCAUAUAG